CUGGUACUGCUAAUAAUUGGCUUGCGUCACUUAGCAAUUAUGUUGAAUUAUAAUUGUCGUGCGUCACUUGAGAAAUUUUGUAGACUCAAAGUUUUACUCAUUCAGUUUUUCCCAGUAGCGUUAUCGGUCAUAUUUUUGCUUGUGCAUGCGAAGUGCAACUUCGCCUCUGUGUUCAUUUUUGUCUUCUCGGAUUUUGGUUGUAACAGCUGUCAGUUUUUCAUUCAAGAUCAUCAAGUGUAAACAGCUCCUGCUUAAGAGAAAUCUAUUUCCACUUAGAAUAACGCGUGUGUAUAGCAACCAUUAUCAAAUCGAACCAUCGACUUUUCUGUAGUCUGGUUUGUGAGAUUAUGUCUGUAGAUUAGGAAUUUCGAAAUUUUUGAAGGUCCCGAGUGAAAAGGAACAAAAGCAGGGCUAAGGAAUCUUUGGUAGAUAAGACAAAUGCAGCAAGUAGCAGUAACAGCAGCAGUAGCAAGUGCAACGUGUGUGCGUGUCCAGGCGAGGGGGAAGGGGACUCGAAAACGAACAUGUAUCUACAGCUGAUGCCAACGGAGGUGAAGCAAUUGCACGUGGCAGUCAUGAAGAAUGAUUCAGUUACUGUCUCCUCACUCAUAGAACAGGGAGUGGAUGUGAACUUUCCGUGGGUGAGUGAGCCGAAUUCUUGUGCAGUUAAACAUGGCAUCAGUCCUCUGAACGAGGCAGUGGCACUCAACCACACUCGGAUAGCCCUCAUGCUCAUCGACGCAGGCGCAGACGUCAACGAGGUCGACUCCAAAGGAAUGAGCCCAUUGUGCCGUGCAUGUCAUUUUGGGAAUGAAAAAUUGGUGAAGAGGCUGGUCGAGAGAGGGGCGAGGGUGAAUCUGUCUCGAAAGAUAGAACACAGUCCUCUCUGGUUCGCCAUCCUCUGUCUCACCCAGUGCAAGGCAGGCCUCUUACCCCAGUACGAAUCCGUCAUCAGGACCCUGUUGUGUGCGGGUGCGGAGGUGCGAGUGCCUAAUGCAGUGGGAAAGAGUCCUCUGCACUUUGUGUGUCAGUAUAUGAUAGCCCCUGUCAUCCCCAUCUUUGUGGACUUCGGGGCAGUGGUGGACAUGGCCGACAUGCACUUUCACACUCCGCUCUUUGACUGCAUCUCCUACUCGGGAAACACUCCCUUCUCCAAGACAGUCCAAAGAUACAGGCAAUUUGCAGUCGCCGAGCAGCUGCUGAAAGCGGACUGUGAUGACCUUGACAUUGCAGUGUGGAUUGAGAGGUGCAGUCCAAAUGCAGUCACUCAGAUAGCACAGAGCAGCGACUUCACCUAUCUGCACAGCUGGUGUCUGGAGAACGUCAACCGACCUCUGAAACUGAAGAACCUCUGCAGACUGAAGUUACAUGAUCACUUCGGAGGAGUGUUCCAGACAUCGCUGUGUGUGAGCUACUUGGACAUACCUCUGACCUUGAGACUCUACUUAUGCAGAGAGACUUUUUAUCAUUUUCAAACUACUUGAAAUUACUGGAUAUAGAUGAUACCUGUAGUAUAAAAUUGAUUUAAAUAUUCAGCAUUUCUGCAGUUAUAGAAAAAUAUUGAUAUUGUUUUUUCAAUUUUUGCAAAUAUGUUUUUGGCGUUAAUUCAGAAAAAAUAUUUGAAUUAAAGUUUCGAGUGCAAUAAUAUAUAACAUUUUUUUGCGAAACUUUUACAGGAAAAGCUUAGACAACCAAUGU